AUGGAAGGAGGAGUAACUUCGGUACAAGUUGCUCUUCGAAUAAAACCACUUACCGAAGAAGACUUGGAAAAAUUACCUUCAAGAUUUCAACGUCAAAUACUUACCGCUCCAUCAAAUGCCCCAAACCAACUUAUUGUUGAAGGUGAUAAAAGGCAAAUCUUCCAUUUUGAUCAUGUGUUUCCUCCAGAAACCACUCAGCAAGAAGUCUAUGAAAGGGCUGUUGAAAAUUUGGUGGAUAAAUACUUAGAAGGAUACAAUGUAACGAUUUUGGCAUAUGGUCAAACAUCUUCAGGAAAGACUUACACAAUGGGCACAGCUGAUAAUCCAUCAACCUCUCUUUACAAUAAAGGAAUAAUUCCUCGUGCAAUGUCAACAUUAUUUAAUAUAAUGAACAAUUCAUCAAUAUACCUGAAUCGAAAAUUUUCAAUUAAAGUAUCAUUCAUAGAAAUUUAUAAUGAAGAUUUGAUUGAUUUACUUGGUGAAGGUGAAGAUGAAUGUAGACCUCAGGUCAUGAUCCGUGAAGAUUCAAGGGGAAAUAUUUAUUGGAGUGGUUUACAGGAAGUUCAGGUUAAUAAUGUGAAUGAAGUCAUGGCAUAUUUGGCACAAGGAUCAUUGAAUCGACAAGUCGGUGCUACAGAUAUGAACUCGAAAUCUUCUAGAUCACAUGCUAUUUUCUCUGUCACUAUGUCCCAACAAAAGUUGGCUUCUCAUAAUGGUGGACAUAAUGGUAAUGGUUAUCUGUCCCCACCUCCUGGUUCAAGACCAACCACACCAUCAUCAAAGUUGGCAGGUUCAAGAGCAAACUCGAGAUUAGACCACGCCGAUGAUGGUGAUUGGAUUACAAUAACGAGUAAAUUUCAUUUCGUAGAUUUGGCUGGUAGUGAGAGGUUAAAACGUACGGCGGCAAGUGGUGAUCGAGCAAAGGAGGGAAUAUCAAUCAAUUCAGGUUUACUGGCGUUAGGAAAUGUAAUUUCAGCUUUAGGAGAUCCAACAAAAGCAAAACAUACAACUCACAUUCCUUAUAGAGACUCUAAGCUUACUCGAUUAUUACAAGAUUCUCUUGGAGGAAAUGCACAAACAUUAAUGAUCGCAUGCGUUUCUCCCGCAGAAUAUAAUCUUAACGAAACCGUCAAUACCCUUAAAUAUGCCAAUAGAGCUCGUAAUAUUAAAAAUAUCGCUGCCGUUAAUCAGGAAGAAACAGGUUGGAAUGACAUAGGACAUUUACAACACCUUGUAAUAAAACUUCGUAAUGAUGUUACAAAUUUAAAGGUCACUCUUGCCAAUACAAAUGCAAACAAUGGAAUUUCAAAUGGAACGAUAUCACCUGGUAGGGUUACACCUAUCGGAGGAAGAGAGACACCUAGUAGACUCAAAUCACCAACCGCUGGAAAUUAUUCUUCAAUACCAACGGGAAUUGGUGGAAGAGUAACCCCAACAAUUUCAGGUAUUCCCGGACGAAGUACACCAACAUCAUCAACGAGUAUUCCUGGUAGAAUCACUCCAACAUCAUUAGGUAUGUCGACAGGAAGGACUACACCAUCAGCGUCAUCGAUUUCUGCCGGAAUUCCCGGAAGAAAAACUCCUACAGGAAUUCCAGGAAGGAAUACGCCAACAUCAGGAAUCUCUUCAGGAAUUCCAGGGAGAAAAACGCCUACCGGAAUUCCCGGAAGAAAUACACCGACAUCUGGAAUCUCUUCGGGUAUUCCUGGGCGAAACACUCCAACGCGUCGUCCACCGUCACCACUUUCCACUUUUUCACAUGGAAAUCAGUCAGCAUAUAAUCACAGAGACGUAGAGAUAUUGGAAGAACAAUUGUUUCAACUUAAACAAUCUUACGUCGAACUCUCACAAAGACAUGCAAAAACUUCAGCCGAACUUGCGAUGCAUCAAGAUAACUACGAUGAAUUAAAUAAUCUUAAAGCAGGAAAUGAAAAGGAUUUCAUGAAUGUCGCUGAACCCGUAAUUGUAGAGUAUGAAAAAUCCAUAUCAUCGCUUGAAAGUAAAUUGUCCAGAACAGCUGCGGCAUUAUCUCAUUCCGAUUCUAGAUCGAAAGAGAAAGAUGUAAAGAUCAAUACCCUAACAAAAAAUCAAGAACAAACAAAGAGUCUUAAUGCUAGCUUGCAAAAAUACAUUAAAGAACUCGAAUCAAAAUUAGAAAAACGUGAUAUUGAAACGAAAUUAGCAACCACAAGUGAAGAACACCCAGAGAAAUUUAUUAGUGAAACCGUGAAAAUGCUCGAAGAACGAUUGAAAGAACGUGAGGCUGCUUUCAAAGAAUUGGAAGAAAAAUUAAAACAAGCUGACGUGAAUCAAGAAAGACAGGAACUUUUGACCAAAAUCAAUAACCGAGAUAAACGAAUUAGUGUUCUUGAUGUAAAACUUAAUCUUCUUGAGGGUGAGUUAAAGAAAUUCAAUGGGAAGCAAGAUCCAACUUCAAAUACAACGACCGAAAUUUCAACAACAAACAGUAAUCUUGAAUCGAAAUUAACGGAUUUACAAUCAUCAUAUCAAAAAGUUCUUGCUGAUUUGAACCUUGAGCGAGAAAAGAAUGAAGCUAAUAUAAAUGAAAUCAAAGAACUACAGAAUGCCCUCAAAGACGCCAAAUCAAAUGACACAAGCGAACAAUCUCUAUCAAUCGUUAAAUCACUUGAAGCCAAACUUCGACAAACAGAAACCGAACUUGACGAGGUAAAGUCGAAAUAUGAGAAUAGUGUUUUACAAAAUCAAGAAUUACAAUUAUAUGACAAUAAUUCGGAAUUUACAUCAACACCCAUGACUCCGAUGACACCCGCCACGCCACACAAUGAAUAUUACUUUAAAGAACCUUCCAACACUAGUACCAAUAUUCUAUCAAAGUUUAGUAUUCAUCGGAAAGCGAAAUCUUUAUCAAUUGAUCUUAAGGGUUCAGAAAAGCGUGAUCUCGCCCAUACUGCAAUUGUUGAGAAGCUCCAAUUUGAAUUAAAAUUAUUUGAAUCUUUCCAUAAGGACAAGCAACAAAGUUUGGACGCGGUUAGACAUGAAUUGGAUCUUCUAGAAAUAGAUUAUCAAAAAACUUUACAAUUGGUGGAUGAGCUUCGAGAGGAACUCCAAAAACGUGAUGAUAAAUCGAUUUCAGAAGUCGAAAUAACGGAUGAAAUAAAUCAACAACUUCAAAAAGAGGUUGAACAACUUACAGAGAAACAAAAGCAACUUUUGCAAAACAUCGCAGAACGUGAAAAUGAAAAUAAUAAAAAAGUUGAAGAGAUUGAAAGGUUAGAAUCAAAUAUUCGUGAUCUUCGUAGCCAAAUGACUGUAGCAACCCCCGCUAAAGAAAAUGAAGAAGUAAUAAUACUACGUGAACGCAUGGCUAAACUUCAAGCGGAAGUCGUUUCCAACGUGGACCAUAUAAGUACAAUCAAACGACUUGAAAGUGAGCUUCGAGAGGUUAAAGAGGCGCAUAAAUUCGCCAUUCAAGAGAAUAAUAAACUUUCCGUAACAUCAAUAGAUGCAAAUGAUGAAACCUCGUCUGAUAAGCUUGAACAAAACGUUGAUGAAAAUUUAAUGGUAUUACAAGAUACCGUGAGACAUCUCGAGGCUCAAUUAAAGAGGAAAGACCAAGAUUCACAACAAAGUUCUUCUCCAAAACCGAUUGAUUCCAUGCAAAAGGAUAUUGAUACUCCUAAUAGCUUUAGUUUGAAUAUUGAUCAGGAUUCCAUAAACGCUUUACAAUCUCAGGUUUCAUCACUUAAAACAGAUAUUAAAAAUAAGGAUGAUCUGAUUGAUACAUUGGAACAAGAGUUGGAAGAUAAAGACUUGUUACAAAAGAACCUCAAAAAUAAGGAAACAGAUCUAGCUUCUUUAUCAAAACAAUUAUCGGACUUUAAAAAUAAGGAUGAGAAUAUGCGAAAGAGAAUAAAAGAGCUCCAAUUACAUUUGGAAAAUGCCGAAAGCAUCAAAGAAACUAAUAAGUUGCUGGAAAACGGAAUAGAAAACUUUAAUAAAGAAUUGAAAGACGUAAAAGAGAAAGAAGCUCAUGCACUUGAACAGUUACGUGUUUUAGAAGGUUCGAGCUCAAAAGUGCAACAGGAAUUGGAGCGUAUUCGUAAUAUGGAAGUCGCUCAACGAGAACGAAUCGUAAUAUUAGAAGCUCAGUUAUCGGAACAGGGGACAAAGUUCGAUAGUGAAUUUACGAAUUUAACAUCAGCAUUGAAGUCUGAAAUCGAAGAUUUAAAUUCCAAAGAAAAUGAAACACUUACUAAACUACGAAAUGAAUUAUCCGGCACUAAACUAGAGAUGGAAUCACAAAAUGAAUUAUUGUCGGAACUUGAAAAUCAAUUAAUGACAUCUGAAAAAGAGCGUAAUCAAUACUAUGAACGUGCUGAUCAAUUAUCAAAAUUAAUUGAAGAACAGGAAGGUCAACAAAAGGAAGCAAUUCGAGUUCUUGAAUCAACUAUAACGAGUUUGAAUAAUGAACUCAAUGACAUAAAGACGACAUCUCAGACUUAUCAGGGUACAAUAAAAUCAUUAGAAGAAAAGGUUUCUGAUUUAGAAUCUCAACUUGAUGAAGCAAAGGUUUCAGAUGAAAGAUAUGCCGGAAUGAUCAUUGAUCUUAAAUCUACAUUGAAGGAAUCUAACAUGAAUCUUAUGGAAAAACAAGAAUUACUAUUCACCAAAGAAAAUCACAUUAAAGAACUGGAAACCACCAUUAACAAGAUUAAUGAGAAAUUAUCUGAUGCAGAAUUAUCCAAAACUUCUGAAUCCGAACAUGUGCAAUCACUUCGAAACAAGAUUGCAGAGAUUGAAACUAAAUUGGAGCAAAGUCCAUCACCUGCAGAUUUUGAAUCGGCACAGCAAUAUGCAGCCAAACAAAUUGAAUUCGUUAAAGAACUGGAAAAGAAGAUCGAUGAAAUUAAUGAAACGAAUUUAUCGGAGGUUUCUAAGCUUAAUGAGAAUAUUAACAAAUUAACCGAAGAAUUAAGGGAAACGAGGUCCGCUGAAGAAGCACAAAAGUCUUUGGUUCAUGAAUUAGAUUCUGAACUGAAAGAAAAAGAAGAAAAGAUGGCGGAAUUAAAAGAAACGCUAGAUAGCACCAAUGCGCUACUCGAGAAAGGUAAAUAUUCUGAGAGUAAGCAGGCUGAAUUCAUCCAAAAUUUGGAAUCUCAAUUGAAGGAUGUGAAAAAUGCACGUGUUCUUCGGGAGGAAGAAAUAUCGGAACUUAGUCGUACUAACGAAUCACUUAAUGAGCAGUGCAUGAGAUUGCAUAAUGAAAUAAAAGACGUUCAUAAUGAAUCUGCUAGGCAAAGCGAAGAAAGUCUAAAUAUUUUGGAAGAACUAAACAAUCAGCUUGAAAUCGAAAAGAAUGAACACUUAAGUGACAGAGAAAAUCUUGAAAUACAGGUGCAAAAGUUACAGAAAGAAAUUGGUUUAAUGAACAAUGAGCACUUAAGUGACAGAGAGAAUCUUGAGCAACAAGUGCUAACAUUACAGAAAGAAAUUGGUUUAAUGAGCGAUGAACUAAUAGAGAUUGCUAGAAAAUACGAAGAUGCGGAAAUACUCUCAACAGAAUAUAAACAACGAAUAUCAAAUUUAGAAGUCGCUCUUGAAGAGGCCAAGAAAUUAUCAAGUGAUAAACUAGAAGUCAUUGAACCUCAUAGCACGAUGUCAACACCAUCAUCAGCAUUGGAAAAGUCUGAUUUUGAAUCUAAGAUUUCACAACAGGACAAUCUUAUUAAAUCGCUUCAAGAAGAAAUUAUCGAAUUCAAGCAAAGAACAUCAGAUGAUAAUGCAGAAAACAUAAUAUUUCAACGUGAAGCUGAAAUAAGAGAAUUGAACCAGGAAAUUUCCAAAUUAGAAAAGAUGAAUGAAGAAAAGUCCAAAUUAAUAGACAGUUUAGAAGAUGAUGGAGUAGAAAUGAAACACGAAUUAGAAAAAUUACUACGAGAAAAGGAUGACCUUCUAAAAGAAAUUGAAGAUUUGAGAGUUAAAUUGGAAUUAAAGUCAGAACAGCAUGAACAAUUACAAAAAGAAAAAGAUAAGUUAGCCAAAAAGAAUGUUCAAGAUGAAAAUCAAAAUCUAGACGGAGGUGUAAAGAAAAAUAAAUUUUUAA